AUCCAAAUACAAGCUUAGAGGACUAUGUAGCUUCGACAGGCCAAGUUGUGGAGUGCGAUGUUGACUUCGGGUUAAUAUGUGAAGAAAAUAAACAAACUCAGAGACCAUUUAAGUGCUUUAACUAUAAGAUUAGAGUCCUCUGUUGCGUUGAAUGUUUAUCAACAACAUCACCAAAACCAACAACAACACUAACAUCAACAAAAACAACAACAGCACCUUCACCACCAACAACUACCACACCAAAACCAACAACAACACUAACAUCAACAAAAACAACAACAGCACCUUCACCACCAACAACUACCACACCAAAACCACCACCAACAACCACACCAAUACAACCAACAACAACAACAGCAAUACCUACAACAACAACAACACCACCAACAACAACAAAACUAAUACCAACAACAACAACAACACCAAUACCACCAACAACCACACCAACAACACCACCAACAACAACCACACCAAUACCUACAACAACAACAAAACUAAUACCAACAACAACAACAACACCAACAACCACACCAAUACCACCAACAACCACACCAACAACACCAACAACAACAACUCUAAUUCCACCAACGACAACAACACCAAUACCACCAACACCAUCAACAACACCAAUACCACCAACAACAACAACUCCAAUUACACCAACAACAACAACAACAACAACACCAAUACCACCAACACCAUCAACAACACCAAUACCAACAACAACAACACCACUAACAACAACACCAUCAACAACACCAAUACCACCAACACCAACAACACCAACAACAACAACUCCAAUUCCACCAACACCACCAACACCAUCAACCACACCAACAACACCAUCAACAACACCAAUACCAACAACAACAACCCCACAAACAACAACAACACCAACAACCACACCAAUUCCACCAACACCACCAACAACAACCACACCAACACCACCAACAACAACCACACCAAUACCACCAACAACAACAACAGCACCACCAACAACAACAACACCACCAACACCAUCAACAACAACAACACCAACAACAACAACAACACCAAUACCAACAACAACCACACCAAUACCACCAACACCAUCAACAACACCAAUACCAACAACAACAACAACAACACCAAUACCACCAACACCAUCAACAACACCAAUACCACCAACAACAACAACUCCAAUUCCACCAACAACAACAACACCAAUACCACCAACAACAACACCAAUACCAACAACAACAACAACAACACCAACACCACCACCAACAACAACUCCAAUUCCACCAACAACAACAACACCAAUACCACCAACAACAACACCAAUACCAACAACAACAACAACAACACCAAUACCACCAACACCAUCAACAACACCAAUACCACCAACAACAACAACUCCAAUUCCACCAACAACAACAACCACACCAAUACCACCAACAACAACACCAUCAACAACACCAAUACCAACAACAACAACCACACCAAUACCACCAACAACCACACCAACAACACCACCAACAACAACCACACCAAUACCUACAACAACAACAAAACUAAUACCAACAACAACAACAACACCAACAACCACACCAAUACCACCAACAACCACACCAACAACACCAACAACAACAACUCUAAUUCCUCCAACGACAACAACACCAAUACCACCAACACCAUCAACAACACCAAUACCAACAACAACAACACCACUAACAACAACACCAUCAACAACACCAAUACCACCAACACCAACAACACCAACAACAACAACUCCAAUUCCACCAACACCACCAACACCAUCAACCACACCAACAACACCAUCAACAACACCAAUACCAACAACAACAACCCCACUAACAACAACAACACCAACAACCACACCAAUUCCACCAACACCACCAACAACAACCACACCAACACCACCAACAACAACCACACCAAUACCACCAACAACAACAACAGCACCACCAACAACAACAACACCACCAACACCAUCAACAACAACACCAACAACAACACCAACAACAACAACAACACCAAUACCAACAACAACCACACCAAUACCACCAACACCAUCAACAACACCAAUACCAACAACAACAACAACAACACCAAUACCACCAACACCAUCAACAACACCAAUACCACCAACAACAACAACUCCAAUUCCACCAACAACAACAACACCAAUACCACCAACAACAACACCAAUACCAACAACAACAACAACAACACCAAUACCACCAACACCAUCAACAACACCAAUACCACCAACAACAACAAAUCCAAUUCCACCAACAACAACAACACCAAUACCACCAACACCAUCAACAACACCAACACUAACAACAACAACACCGACAACCACCCCAAUACCAUCAACACCAUCAACAACACCAAUACCACCAACAACAACAACUCCAAUUCCACCAACAACAACAACACCAAUACCACCAACACCAUCAACAACACCAACACUAACACCAACAACACCGACAACCACCCCAAUUCCACCAACACCAUCAACACCACCAACACCAUCAACAACACCAAUACCAACAACAACAACAACACUAACAACAACAACACCGACAACCACCCCAAUUCCACCAACACCAUCAACAACACCAACAACAACAACAACUCCAAUUCCACCAACAACAACAACACCAAUACCACCAACACCAUCAACAACACCAAUACCACCAACAACAACAACUCCAAUUCCACCAACAACAACAACACCAAUACCACCAACACCAUCAACAACACCAAUACCAACAACAACAACACUAACAACAACAACACCGACAACCACACCAAUUCCACCAACACCAAUACCAACAACAACAACAACUCCAAUUCCACCACCAACAACAACCACACCAAUACCACCAACAACAACACCAUCAACAACACCAAUACCAACAACAACAACCACACCAAUACCACCAACAACAACCACACCAACAACAACAACACCAAUACCACCAACAACAACCACACCAACAACAACAACACCAAUACCACCAACAACAACAACACCAACAACAACAACUCCAAUUCCACCAACGACAACAACAACACCAAUACCACCAACACCAUCAACAACACCAAUACCACCAACACCAUCAACAACACUAACAACAACAACUCCAAUACCACCAACACCAUCAACAACACCAAUACCACCAACAACAACAACACCAACAACAACAACUCCAAUACCACCAACACCAUCAACAACACCAAUACCACCAACAACAACAACUCCAAUUCCACCAACAACAACAACACCAAUACCACCAACACCAUCAACAACACCAAUACCAACAACAACAACACCACCAACUCCAUCAACAACAACAACACUGACAACCACACCAAUUCCACCAACACCAUCAACAACACCAAUACCAACAACAACAACACCAACACCAACAACAACAACAACACCAAUACCACCAACAACAACCACACCAAUACCAACAACAACAACACCACCAACACCAUCAACAACACCAAUACCAACAACAACAACACCAAUACCACCAACAACAACAACCACACCAACAACAACAACACCAAUACCACCAACACCAUCAACAACACCAAUUCCAACAACAACAACAACAACACCAAUACCACCAACAACAACACCAACAACAACCACACCAAUACCACCAACACCAUCAACAACACCAAUACCAACAACAACAACAACAACCACACCAACAACAACAACACCAAUACCACCAACACCAUCAACAACACCAAUUCCAACAACAACAACAACAACACCAAUACCACCAACAACACCACCAACAACAACCACACCGACAACAACACCAACACCAGUACCACCAACAACAACAACCACACCACCACCAACAACAACAACACCAGUACCACCAACAACAACAACACCAAUACCACAUCCACCAACAACAACAACACCAGUACCACCAACAACAACAACCACACCAACAACAACAACACCAAUACCACAUCCACCAACAACAACAACAACACCAUUACCACCAACAACUACCACAGCAACAACAACACCAACACCACCAACUACAACAUCAACCACACCACCACCACCACCAACAACAACAACACCACCAACAACCACACCACCACCAACAACAACAACACCACCAACAACAACACUACCACCAACAACUACCACACUAUUACCACCAACAACAACCACACCUAAACCACCAAUUACAACGGAAGCCAUAACUCUAACCACAACCCCAACGACAACAGAAGAAUCAACCACAACCCCAACGACAACAGAAGAACCAACCACAACCCCCAGGACAACUGAAAAACCAACCACAACCCCAACAACAACAGAA